GAGAGAGAGGGGGAAGCAGAAGGGAGGAAAAGAGGAGGCAAGUGAAGUUGUGAAAAAAGUGAGCAGAGUGAGAGAAGAGAGACUUUAGUUUGGAUCUGGUGUUUUCUUUUCUUCCCCUCCCUCCUCCUCCUCUGCUUCUCCUUUGCACUGGAUUCCUAAUUUGGGAUUUGUUUAAAAUCUGGACCGCUUCUUUGGACGACGUUUCCUUGCUGGGUGAAAGGGAACCCUCGCAUGAUAAACACACUCGUCCCCCCCUAAAAAAAAAUAUGUCUGAUUCCACAGUCAACGCUCACUUGGAGGGGAUCAUAUCAGACUUUGAAGCUCUGAAACGGUCAUUUGAAGUGGAGGACACUGAUUCAUCCACGCACCCCUCACCUCUGUCCCGUCGGACCACCAACCCUCUCCGCUCAUCCCUCUCCUCGACGUCCAGCCAGAGGAGUUAUGACCUGAGCUCCCGCAACUCCGACUCCUCCAAUCCACGUUCCCCAAAAACCGGCAUGAGGCGCAUUGAGUUAUCAGGGGGUCGCAACCCCGACGCGGCUUCUUCUCGCCGCACUGAAAUCUCCAUUGAGGUCUCCUCCAAGCAGAUUGAUAACUCACCCAGUGCUGGCAUCACCCGCUUUGGUCUUAAGAGACCUGAGGUGAGCAUGGGUAGUCGGAGCACCCCACCUGACAGCUCUCCUAAUCCCAUCUCCAGUUCCACAAGCAGGCGGGCAGAACUUAGCAUGGCACGGCUGAAUGAGCCACCCGCACCCCCAAGGAGGACGGACGCCCAGCACUCGUCCACGCCCGUCUCUAGAAUUCCUGAGCCACCUCAGAGAAGAGCGGAGCCCCCGUCAUCCUCUCUCAGUCCGGUCGAGGUGGCCCGGAGGCCUGAAAUUCCGAGCUUCAGACAACCAGAUGGUUUCGUGCCAGCCGCUGCAGUGGAGAACAACAACAACAACCACCACCACCACCUGCCACCUGCUGCCCCCAGUGCACCUCUGCCAUGUCUGGCUGACAGUAGGGUGGAGUGGGUGCCGCCCACUGUCACAGAGACACCCACGGCUCGACCCACAGACCGGUCUGAGGUGAUUUCAAGCUACACCAGCAGUGCCAUGACUGACACCGUGGAGCCCGAUGCCAUGGAAUCGUACGGCGAGAGACCCGCAGGCCCAGUGGUUGACUUCAGUUAUGUAGGCAUUGAUGCCAUCCUGGAGCAGAUGAGGAGGAAAGCCAUGAAGCAAGGUUUUGAGCUCAACAUCAUGGUUGUGGGACAGAGUGGCCUGGGCAAGUCUACUCUGAUGAACACGCUGUUCAAGUCGAAAGUCAGUCGCAAGUCUGUCAUGGCCACUGCCCAGGAAAAGAUCCCCAAGACAAUUGAAAUCAAAUCAAUCAGUCAUGACAUCGAAGAGAAGGGAGUGAGAAUGAAGCUGACAGUUAUUGACACACCAGGCUUUGGAGACCAGAUAAACAAUGAGAACUGCUGGCAGCCCAUCAUGAAAUUUAUUAAUGACCAGUACGAGGCCUAUCUGCAGGAGGAGAUAAACAUUAACAGGAAGAAGAGGAUCCCUGACUCCAGAGUCCACUGCUGCAUAUACUUCAUCCCGCCUACUGGACACUGUUUGCGGCCUCUUGAUGUGGAGUUCAUGAGGCGUCUCAGUAAGGUGGUCAACAUAGUUCCAGUUAUUGCCAAAGCGGAUACACUCACCUUAGAGGAGAGGGACUUCUUUAAAAAGAAGAUUAGGGAAGAGCUGCGAGCCAAUGGGAUUGACAUCUACCCUCAAAAAGAGUUUGACGAGGAUGCCGAGGACAGGAUGAUCAAUGAGAAGAUCAGAGAGAUGAUUCCGUUUGCUGUUGUGGGCAGCGAUCAGGAGUACCAGGUCAAUGGCAGGAGGUUGCUGGGGAGGAAGACCAAGUGGGGAACCAUUGAAGUUGAAAACAUAGCGCACUGCGAGUUUGCCUAUUUACGGGAUCUCCUAAUCAGAACGCAUAUGCAGAACAUUAAGGACAUCACCAGCAGCAUCCACUACGAAAUGUACCGCGUGAGGCGCCUCAAUGAGAACAACACGGCGGCGUCUCACACCAACGGGGUGCCGGAACAUCAUCUUACCGCCCACGAAAUAUAGACGCACACCGAUCCUCAACUCCCUUAUUCUUAAAAACUUUGACCCUCUUUGUACAGGUGGGUUAGAAACACACAAGCCUGACUAGACUGUCUGUUGUUUCCUUCCAGUGACUUGCUCUCACUUCAGUGGAAAACAGUGAAGAGAUGUUGUGAUUCUUCCCACAGUCCCUACAACUUUUACUUUAACCAACAGUCGUCCUUAUGGAUUCACUCCAGGUGCCAAAAAGGAACUGACACUCAAAACUAAUCGUCCACGUUUUUAUUGUCCACUCUUUACGCUUUCUCAUUGUUUGUUUGGAUGCUUUUGCGGCGCUUAUAAGAGUUCCCAUCGUUAUGUACCGCCUGCUUAUCUGUGUUUGAGAACUGCACCGUGUGUGUGCGUGCAUGUGUGUGUUUGUGUUGCAGGAUCAUCUUUCAGUGCACAAAAACGGUUGAGGCGAAGGGUUCAAAAUGGCACGUCUCUUGAGUUACUCUCACUUACUGCCACAAGGUGCGUUUCUGCUUUGGUCACACGUAUGUCAUGUCAAACAUGGACAUCAGGACCUUGGUGUAUUUUUAAUUCAGUAAUAACUGCCACUGUUUUUAUUCAAAGAAAUAUCUAAUAAGAGUGAUUUAAUGAGUACUUAUUUAUGCACCAUGUCAAAUGUGAAUAUUGUUGGUCCAUUUCUUCACAUAAUUUCCAAGACAAUCCUAUUAGGCUGACUCAAUCGUGCCUUAUUUAUUGGAGAAUGUUAUCGAUGCCGCGUUGCCCGCAUUUACACGUCUCCAUUAGCUCCCAUUGUUUAGAAGGAUGAAAAACAAAUUUUAUUUUACUUACCAAGCAACUAUGCCAGUUUUAAUUCUUGCUUAAUUCCACCCAGCUACCAUCUUGUGUAUUCUUUGUUCUCCUUUUUUUGUACCUGUAUUAUUGAUAAUAACAAAAUGUCCUUUAUCUUAUUUUAAGAAAUAAAGAUUUUUGUUGUAAA